AUGCUGAAGGUCGCGAAGUCCUACAACGCUUCCUUCGGCGCCAUCAAGUUGAGCAAGGACCUAAAAGCGCAACUACCGAUCUGGUACCACCUCAACGCUUCCAAGCGACUACGCCGCCUCGAUAACACCCUCCUAAGCAAAUGCCUACGUCAACACCAUAACAUUAUCCACGUCGCGGACAUCAUGCUCUUAUCCCAACACGAUUUCAUCCCCAUGAACGGCGAGUCUGACGACACACAAUGCAACUGUACCUCAUGCGCGCUGGCAACAGCCUCGGGCUGUAGACACCCACUAAAAUGCAUUGACGCAGCAAGACGGAUCCUAUACGCACUUGACUAUAAGUGGGACCCAUACGCUGACUCACCCAAUGACGGCUUGUCCCUCACACAACACCGCAAAGACUCUAACGCUGAGGCCCUAGACAAUGACGGCGAAGUAGUCUUCAAUCCGUCUGUGACCGAAAGGGGAGGUAUAGCGGAAACCUUCAGGCUCUUCGUCAAGUCUACGAACCUCGCAAACCCGCCCGCAGUCAGGAAGAAACACGGUAUACAGGUCACUAGAGAAAUGAUAACGAUGUAU